GUCUAAGUGGUCGCCCAAGGGCUAUAAAAGCUUGGUGAAACCUGGUUAGGAUUGCAGCCUGAAGUCCAGGACUGGAACACAGGCAGAGACUGGUGGGUGACAGGGGCUUCAGUCCUAGAGGAAAAAACACCCAGAACAGAAGCGAUCUGGUCCGACAUGCAGCACCUGCACUUGUCCCACCUGCUAAAAGUCUGGCUUUUACUACUGAGCCAGCUUCCCAGAGAGAUCCCAGCCCAGAACCAUGACAAGAUAAUUAAGGCUUGCGGCCGCGAGUUAGUCCGCAUACGCAUCGGGAUCUGCGGCUCAAUCAUCUGGGGGGAAAGGGCUCACCAGCAAGUGCGGGAACCUCGGCAGGCAUCAGAACCACUUGAAGAAGUCCUGCCAUCCUCCAUCAUCCAUACGAAAACCUUAAAUACAACGGUGGAACACAUUCCUAACUUCUCACAGGAGCUGAAGGCAGCACUGUCUGACAGGCAGCCAUCAAUAAGAGAGCUACAACUUGAAAUGGAAAAUUCAACUCUUAAUUUGGAAGAACUGAAGAAAGCUGUUGUUAGUGGACAAAAUGAAAAUGAAGACAAAAGUAUUUCAGAAUUAGAAAACUCGGGCUUAGAUAAACAUUCCCGAAAAAAGAGACAGUCCUAUGUACCCUUAAGUGAUAAGUGUUGUAAUGUAGGUUGUACCAGAGAAGAGCUUGCUGCACAAUGCUGAGAUGAAAGUAUUGUGUAUUUCAUCUAGUAGUCACAUGGUUCUUGAUGACACAUUCAGUGAUGCCUCUGUCACCCCACUGAUUAUUAAAAUAUGAGAAAUCAUCA